AUGUCUUUCCAGAGAAUUCUACUCCUAGUUCUUUUCAUAGCCUCGGUGGCAUUGGGCCGCACUGUUGUCAACUUGGAUCAACAAACGGGCCUGUUGGAGAAAAGAACUCGCGUGGCAUUAUUUAAAGACCCCCUUAACCGAGUUGUUAACGUUGAAAAUAGUCCUCCCAAGGGCAAACUUCACGACGCAGUGCCUGUUCCGGGUAAGUACCCCAAAAACGAGAAGAACGGGCCCGCGGAAAAGGAAGACUUGACGAAGGAAAAAGAAGAGGCGAUCGCUACACAACAGAAGAAGGUGGAUUUGGCGAAGCAAAAACUUGACGAGGCGAUUGCCAAGCAACAACAGAGUCAAAAUUCGGGCAACGAAGAUAGUGCUAAGGAUCAAAAGAGCGUGGAUUCAGCGCAGAAAAAACUCAACGAAGAGAUCGCAAAACUCGAUGAGCUUCGAGGUGGUAACUGAGAAAAUGUUAUUUGGAACUUGGCAAGACGACAUAUUUCCCUGAUCUAUUUUCAAUCCUCAAAAGUUUAGCAAACACCAACAGACUUCCAAGAAUUUUUAAUCUUCAGUAACCC